UUGUAGUAAAUGGGCAAAUUGAAAGUGACCAUUUUUUAUAUUUAAAAAUAAGAUUCCAGCACGCCUUUUUUAUUCUCUGCUCAAACUCUUAUCUUUUUGACUGCGUGUUCAUCAUCGUUCUCUGCCUUAUUUUUUCUUACCCUCUCCUUUUCAGAUUGACACUAUGAAUGAGAAAAUUACAGCAGAGAAUAUUUUGACAAACCUAGCAGAAACCCUUGCUGACAAUGUUACAAAGCAGAAGUCUGUAUCCUUUUUCCAGGAAGAGACGAGUACUGUAACUGCUCGUUUAAAUCGUCUAUUUGGACGUCAGAAGCCUGUUCAUCAUCUUUUAGGAGGCGGGAAGUCUGCUGAUGUACUCCUGUGGAGGAACAAGAAGAUCUCAGCUAGUGUACUAAGUGGUGCAACGGCCAUCUGGGUGCUCUUUGAAUGGCUUAAUUAUCAUUUUCUAACUCUCGUAUUCCUUGCGCUGGUUCUUGGUAUGGUUGCUCAGUUUAUUUGGACAAAUGCUUCAGGAUUAUUGAACAGGUCGCGUUCUAAGGUCCCCCGCCUUGUGUUACCUGAUGAGGUGUUUGUAAGUAUUGGUAGAACAAUUGGAGCUGAGGUAAACCAUGCUUUACAGUUUCUUCAGGAUGUAUCAUGUGGAGGAGAUCUGAAACAAUUUCUUUUGAUUGUAGUAAGCUUAUGGAUUUCUGCUGUCAUUGGGAGCUGGUGCAAUUUUUUAACUGUUCUAUACAUUGGUUUUGUUGCUGCGCACACACUGCCGGUGGUUUACGAGAAAUAUGAUGAUCAAAUAGAUGAGUUUGUGUACAAUAUACUUCAACAGCUGCAAGGUCACUACCGUAAGCUCGAUACGGGUCUACUCAGUAAGAUACCUAAAGGAAAGCUCGGGAAAAAACAUGAAUAGAGCUUCAUUUCCAUAUCCUUCGUUUGAAUGUAUUUCAUAAUUAUCAGUUUGUAGGAUGCUGUGAUUUUAUUAGUGUUUAGUUCUAUUCCUACAAAUACUUCUCCAAUCUCAUUUGAUUUGCUCGGAAGCUAUGAACCUGAAGUCUACAGGGAAGACUGUAAAUUUAAUAUUUUCCAAAGGAACAUCUAGGGCCAAUCUAUGAAGAUUAUGAAAAUUGUAACCUACUCCAUCAUGUAGGGAUGUGCAGUGCUAA